AUGUUUUGGAAUGCGACCGACCGUUGGGAAUACGUGUUCCGUGACUCGGCAGUACUAGACCCUACUUCGGCGGAAAAAAACGUACCGCUGAAGGCUGUUUCAAUUUAUACGGAUGAUGUUGCAAUUGCGUCUGGAUCGUGUCAAACGCCGAAUUUCUGGGUCCGUAAAACCGACCGUCUCCUGGUUAUCAACGUCAACAGCACUGGAGAAGCCGUAUACUUUCCUUCCUCCUUGGUCGAGUCUAUCCUCUAUCUUACCACGCCCGUUCUCACUACACCAACAGCCCAGUGUGGACCAGGAUGUGGCAAUGUCAAAGUACUUGAACAAUCGGCUGGUGAAGCUGUUCCUGGCUCAACGAUAUCGAGUUUUGGUUACUUUUACUAUGACUGCAAUAUAACAGUAUCAGCACCAGAAUAUCUCUCGCCGACAAAUGCCGCUGUCGCUGCUCAAGCAAUUGCACUUUCGGGGGAGCUUCACCAAGAGAUAUUCACAUUAGGACCGGCGAAUCGUGAAUGGGGGUCUUACACCAAUGGUAUGACAUUCGGAGAACCUCAGAACAACAGUGUAGUAGGGAUGGCAAGCCUGCUUUCACGAUUCGCUAUCGGCGUAGUUGCAGCAGCGGCAGAAACGAACCCGAAAGCGAUCGUCCCUGGGCAUGCGCCAGCACAAGGAGUUAGGAUUCAGCUGCGUAGUCCGGUGCUAUUCAGUCUAAUCCUCGUAUCCAUCGGCCUGAUCCAAUCGUGUUUGUUCGUUGUUGCUGUAAAGUUUGGUAGCAGGCUUGAGGUUCCUGUGGUCGCGAUCUCUCAGCAGGAUGAAAUUCGGAAACACUUUGUCGCUGAGCCUGUAACCUCUUGA